CUCUUCUCCCUCAAACAACAGCAGAAGCACGUAAACCCGAAAAACCCAGAAAACCCAGAGAAAGGAAAGAGCUUUCAGGGAAAGAAGAAAGCUUUGGGGCAAUGGCGAAGGCGAAGGCGAAGGCGAAGGAGAUGGAAGUGGUGAGGGGGCUAGAUCUGAACAGGUACAUGGGGAGGUGGUACGAGAUCGCCUCCUUCCCCUCCAUCAACCAGCCCCGGGACGGCGUCAACACCCGGGCCACCUACACCCUCAACGCCGACGGCACCGUCCACGUCCUGAACGAGACCUGGAGCGGCGGCAAGCGGGGCUCUAUCGAGGGCACCGCCUACAAGGCCGACCACAACAGCGAUGAGGCCAAGCUCAAGGUCAAGUUCUACGUCCCCCCUUUCCUCCCCAUCAUCCCCAUCACCGGCGACUACUGGGUCCUCUUCAUCGACCACGACUACCAGUACGCCCUCAUCGGCCAGCCCAGCCGGAAGUAUCUCUGGAUACUUUGCAGGCAGAACCACAUGGAUGAAGAAAUCUACAACCAGCUUGUGGAGAAGGCAAAGGAAGUUGGGUAUGAUGUGAGCAAACUCCACAAGACUCCACAGAACGACCCUCCCCCGGAAGGCGAUGCUGGCCCCAAGGACACCAAGGGCCUCUGGUGGUUUAAGUCCCUUAUUGGUAAAUAAAGAAUGAAGCUAAACGUUGCAGUAUAUCUCUGGUAUGUGUUAAGUUUUUGGGUAAAUAUUGUCGUCUCGAAUAAACAAGUGGUAGAGAAGGGGAAGUCUAAAAUAGAACAGAAGCCUGUGGUUCUUGUUAUCUGUGUAUGUUUCCCAUUUAGCUUGUAUCCAAAUGCUUGUAUGAGAACAUUUCUGCUUCAUAUGAUGAUGAUUCAUAUGCUGCUGAAGAAUCAUCAUCUUAUGUUUUUGUGGGUUGUACAAAGUCUUGCACCUCUGUUA